GAAUAUAAUCUGGCAUCUGAAAGAAACUGUAUACCGUAAAACGGUCUCAACAACGAACGGUCUUCUGUUUUGAAAAUAUCAGCUCUAGUGACAUAUGUCAUAUUUCUAAUGUUAAUACAAAAUUAUUAGAGAAUUCUUCAGUGUAUAUUAAUUUUACAAACCGUAUUGUAAAGUUACUUAAUACAUUCGUAUCGUAAACAAGAUGGAAGAAGACAAUGAGUUUUUGAAAUUGUCCGUUGAGGACAGGUGUCAACAUAAACUUUGGAAAGCCAGGCUCAGUGGUUAUGAGGACUCCAUAAAAUUAUUUCAACUGCAAGAUGAUGAAAAAAGCCCAGAAUUUACCAAAUACCUUGGUCUUCUGAAGAAAUUUGUCCUUGAUAGUAAUGCUAUUGCACAAGAGAAAGGUUUAUCAGCUGUUUUAGCAUUUUUAGAAAAUGCUGCAUGUGCUCCAAAAACUGCUAAUGAAGUAAUGAGUGGACUUGUAAGCAAAUGUUUUUCAUCUCCUAGAGCCAAAACUCGAGAAUUAGCAUUAGAAAUAACUUUAAUGUACAUAGAACUUGAAAAACAGGAUGUUGUACUUGAAGAACUCAUUAAAGGUUUAGAAAACAAGUCUCCAAAAGUUGUUGCUGCUUCCAUUGUUGCAGUGCGUGAAGCUCUGCACGCUUUUGGAUCAAAAGUAAUACCUGUAAAAUCUUUUUUGAAAACCUUAUUCAAGCUUUUUGAAGAUAGAGAUAAAACUGUUCGAGAAGAAUCUAAACAGUUAUGUAUUGAGAUAUAUAGAUGGGUAGGUGAAGCUAUCAAACCUCAGAUGGCAUCUUUAAAACCAGUAACAUUAACAGAGUUGGAAAAUGAAUUUAAAAACAUAGCUGGGGAAGUACCAGUUCCUACCCGUUAUUUGAAAUCUGAACAAGCUAAAAUUAAAAAGAGACAAGAAGCUGGUGAACCAAUACAGUCACAAGUCACAGAAAAACCAAUACCCGUACAAAUUGAUCCAUAUGAUUUGAUGUCAGAGGUUGAAAUAUUGUCAAAAUUACCGAAGAAUUUCUAUGAACUGUGUGAGGCAAAAAAAUGGCAAGAACGUAAAGAAGCUCUUGAGGCAUUGUUGCAGCUGACUACUAAUGUUAAGUUAGAGUCAGGUGAUUAUGGUGAUCUUGUUAGAAUGUUGAAGAAACUUAUUGGUAAAGAUUCUAAUAUUUUAGUUGUGGCUUUGGCUACGAAGUGUUUAACGAAUUUAGUCUUGGGCUUAAGAAAAAAAUUUCAACCAUAUUCUUCAGCUUGCAUUCCAACUAUAUUUGAAAAAUUCAAAGAGAAAAAACAAAAUGUAGUAGUUGCUCUUCGUGAAGCAAUUGAUGCACUUUAUAGCAUUACUUCUUUUGAUCCUAUGUUGGAAGAUAUUCAAUCAGCCUUGGAUAAUAAAAACCCUCAAGUCAAAGCAGAGACAUGCGCAUUUUUGACUCGUUGUUUUUGCAGUUGUUCUUCGUCUCAAUUGAAUAAAAAAUUGCUUAAAACAUUUAUUGCAUGCUUGCUAAAAACUUUAAAUGAUACUGAUGCUGUUGUUCGAGAAAAUUCAGCUGAAACUUUAGGGACUGCUUUAAAAGUAGCUGGAGAGAAAAAUAUGUCAGUAUUUUUAGGAGAUGUAGAUGCUAUAAAAAUGGCCAAAAUCAAAGAUUUUUGUGACAAAGCUGUUGUAACUUCAAAACCAGAAAUAAUAACUGAGAAGAAGCCACCUGCUCCUGUUAAACCUUCUAAGGUAGAAGAGAGUGUUAAACCUGUGACUGGGGGGAUAAAAAAGCCAGCUUCUGCUGGAGCAAUCAGAAGUAAACCCCCCUCUAAUACUCCUCGCUCUGCUCCUGUACGCACAGGUGCUAGUAAAAAACCAGUUGCAGAAACUAAUGUGCAAGAAUUUAAAGAGCAAGACCUUUCAGAUGAAGCAGUUUUAGAGCAAAUUGCAGAAAUUAUACCUCAAGAAAUUAUAAAUGGACUUAGCAGCUCAAAUUGGAAAGAUAGAUUAGCUUCAAUUGAAAAAUUUUCUGAAAUAACUCAGCAACUUCAAAAAGGAUCCAUUCCUGCUCAAUGCCUAAUUAAACUCUUGGCUAAAAAACCGGGUUUUAAGGAUAAUAAUUUUCAAGUUUUGAAACUCCGAUUUGAAAUAUUAACCUACAUUGCAGAAAAUGGGAAAAUUUCACACGUAGCUGUCGAGAGUUGCUUAUCAGAUGUUGUGGAUAAAAUAGGCGAUGCUAAAACUGGUGUUCAUUCAGGGCUAGCUUUGACAGCAUUGGCUGGAGCUACUAGUCUUGAGUAUAUCAGCCUUGAAGUUUUAAACAUUGCUUUUAACCAAAAAAAUCCAAAGAACCAAACUGAAGCUUUAAUUUGGCUUUCAAAUGCUAUAAAACAAUUUGGCUUGAAAUUACAAAUUAAAGAAAUAAUUGAGCAUUUGAAGAAAGCCUUCUCUUCAACUAAUCCAGCUGUGAGAAAUGCUGCUUUGGUUGUUGUAGGCACAAUGUACAUGUAUGUUGGGAAAACUUUGCGAUCAUUUUUCGAAAAUGAAAAGCCUACUUUGUUGCAACAAAUCGAUGCUGAAUUUGAAAAACUGAGUGAUGUAAGACCUCCAACUCCUGUUAAAGGAAAAGUUCCAAAAAAUGAUGGGUCAGGGGAUGCUUCAGAAAAUACAAAAUCUUCUGGACAAGUCAACCUUGCUGAUUUACUGCCUAGAGUUGAUAUCAGCAAUCAAAUUACAUCACAAUUACUCUCGGACCUUUCUGAUAAAGACUGGCAUCUUAGAAGUGAAGCUUUGCAGAAACUUUCCACUAUUAUUUCUGAUGCUAAAUUUGUAACUCCAAAUUUAGGUGAUUUGCCAAAUGCUUUAAAAUUACGAAUGACUGAGACCAAUAAAAGAUUGGCUAUUCAAGCACUAGGUAUAUGUGAGUUGUUAGGAACAGCACUUGGAGUUCAUACUUCUAAACAGAUUAGAAACUUUGCACCUGCAAUACUAACAUGUCUUGGAGAUAGCAAACCAAAUGUGAGAACUCCAGCAAUGCAGUGCUUAAACACAUGGAUGGAUCAGUGUCCUUUGUCUAAUUUAUUUGAAGGGGAGAUGUUAUAUGAUGCUCUAAAGGCUGAAAACCCUUUUUUGAGAGCAGAAUUAUUUGGAUGGCUAACUGAAAAGUUGCCUACUGUUACAGCUCUUCCCUCUGCUGAACUGAAUCUUUGUGUUCCUAUUUUAUUAACUUGUUUAGAAGAUCGUAAUGUAGAUGUGCGAAAAAAAGCAUCUGAAUGUGUGUUACCCUAUAUGAUUCAUGUUGGUUAUGAGUCAAUGUCAAGAGCUGCCUCUAAAUUGAAGCCAGCAUCAAAAACUACUGUGGUUGCUCAGUUGGAUAAAGUACGCCAAAGUUUACCUGCAAAGCCAAAUGCUAAAUCUAAACCAACUAAACAAGCUGCGGUUUCUAACAGUCGUUUAUCUCCUCCACAGGUAGGAAAUGAUGAUGGGGAAAAAAAUAAAAUGAAGCGCAGUACUUCUAAAUCUAAACUUAGCCUGAAACCUCCAUCAACUGUAUCGAAAAGCAAAAAGGAGGAAGAAAUCGAUACAUCUCCACCAUUGGUUGCUAAUAAUAUGAAGGAACAAAGAUUGGCUGAUGAAAAAGCUCUUAAAGUUUUAAAAUGGAACUUUACGAAUCCUAGGGAGGAAUUUUAUGUUCAGUUAAAGGACCAAAUGAUUGCUGCCAACUGGAAUAAAACAAUAAUCUCUCAUUGUUUUCACAAUGAUUUUAAAUUUCACAUAAAAGCUAUUGAUUUAUUAAUUGAAUCGGUAGAAAAUAAUUUAGAGGCUUCAGCAGCUAAUUUGGAUUUGAUUUUGAAAUGGCUUGCUCUGAGAUUUUUCGAUACUAAUCCUAGUGUCUUGAUUAAAAGCUUGGAAUAUCUGCAAGUUUUGUUUCAAGCGCUUUUAGAAGUUAAUUACCACUUGCUUGAACCUGAGGCUGCAUCUUUUGUUCCUUAUUUAAUAUUAAAAAUCGGAGAUUCUAAAGAUACUGUACGCAAAGGUGUUAGAGAAAUAAUCAAAUCAAUUACAAAAAUAUAUCCUUACAGUAAACUGUUUUCUUAUAUCAUGCAAGGUUUAAGCUCAAAAAAUGCAAGACAGAGAGCAGAAUGCCUAGAAGAGUUGGGCUCCAUGAUUGAAUUAUAUGGUUUAGGUGUUUGCCAACCUUCACCCGCUGUUGCAUUAAAAGAAAUUGCUCGUCAGAUAUCUGAUAGAGAUAACAGUGUGAGAAAUGCAGCUUUAAAUUGUGUUGUUCAAGCUUAUUUUAUAGAUGGAGAAAAGGUAUAUAAAUAUGUCGGACAGUUAUCUGACAAAGAUUUAAGCUUGCUUGAAGAGAGGAUAAAAAGAAGCUUGAAAACGAAAGCCAACAAACCUGUUGAUACAACCAUUCCGCCAUCAACACCCAAAGCAAUUCCUCAAACCAAUUUGAAUGCUUCUCGAACUUAUGCUGCAAAUGAGUCAAAAAUAACUCAACCUACAGUAUCAUCUAUGCCUGGUCCUCUCAGGUUAGAUACUGAAGAUAUUGAACAGAUGUUUAGACCCAAAGAGCCUUCUGCACUCGUACCUGGUCUUAUUCAUGUAAAUGCAGAUGAAAUUUUAAAUUUACCAGAUAUACAAUUACCUCGAUCUAGACUACGGCCUCCAACCACAUCUCUAAAAUUAUUGAAUAAUUCUGCUGAGAUAGAAACAGCUGUAAAUCUGGUUAUGGCCCAAUUGACUGCUCAAGACAUAUCUGUUGUUAAAGAGGCAUUUAUUCAGAUAGAAGAAGUUUUAAAACAGAAUGAUCAAGCAGUAAGAGUUCUAGGUUCCAGAGUGGAUCAACUUCUUGUAAUGGGUGCCAUGCAGUAUCGAUAUGCUCAUAACAAGCAUAUGGCUGAUGAAAAUAUUUGCAAAGCUGAUGUUAUUUCCUUGUACAGAUGUGUAACAUUAGCUCUAGUAACACUAUUUGAUAAUCCUGAUCUUGCUAAAAAAGCUAGUAGGGAUGUACUCAGAGACUUAAUUCCACAUCUUAUCACUGUUAUGCUUGACGAGCGCCUCGAGGAUCUUCAAGAAGGUGCUCAAGUAAUAAAGGUGAUAAAUGUUUUAAUCAUGCGCAUCCUUAUGAAGUCUAACCCAACGCAUGUUUUAAGUGCAUUAGUUAAGUUGUUGCAUGAUUGUGUUGGUAGUUCUAAUGUGUCUGAUCGCUUUACAGAUCUUGUGAUGAAAUGCCUCUGGAAAAUGAUUCGAACAAUUCCACAAGUGAUCAAUGAUUUAAAUAUUGAUAGGAUUUUAUUAGAUGUCCAUGUGUUUCUUAAAGCAUUUCCGUCUUCAUCAUGGAAAGAGAAACAAUAUGAUACUCCCAUAAGGACUGUUAAAACUAUUCUCUUUAAAUUGGUAGAAAUUAAAAAUGAUGACAUAAUGAAACAUUUAUCAUUAGUAACUGAUCGGCAGGAAUCUGAUCUUGUCAAUUACUUGCAAAAACUUAUUACUCGCAAGAAAGUGGACAAUAGAAGAUCCUUGAACAAAAACAUGUCUCAAGAUGACAAUAUUGGACUUAAUAACAAUCACAAGCGAAAUCGAGCAUCACCAUUAAAACUUUCAAAAUCUACUCAUGAAGCUUUAACUGAAAUAUUUAAGAAGAUUGGCUGCAAAGAGCAAACUAAAGAAGGUCUUGCAGAACUGUACGAGUUUACUCAAAAACAUCCCGAAGCAGAUAUUGAACCCUACCUUAAAACCUCAUCUGAUUUUUUUCAAAAUUAUAUUCGUCAAGGAAUUCAACAACUGGAGAAAGAAAAAGGCUCUAUCAAGUAUAAGCCAGAUUCUCCUCUUGCUUUCUCGGGCAAAACCGAAGAAAUUGCUGGUUGGAAUUCUAAUUUUCCUAAUAAGUACGCUACAUUCACCAAAGGUAAGCUGAAUUCACAAACGUGGGAAAUAUUUCCACCGGUUCCUCCUCCUACGGUUGACACUACACCAAUGGAUCUGGUUGAAUGGCUGAAGAGUGUUGUUGCUCGUUUGGGGAUGGACACAUCUAAGUAUGAUGAUCCUGCUUUUCUUGAUAGAGUGUGUGGUAAUGGAAAUCAGGGGCCUGUGUCUGAUGAGGAAAUUGCAAAAAUACAUUCUGAUGUUGAAAGAUAUCAAAAGAUGUUGGGUGAAUUGAGAAAGUCACUGUAAUUGUAGCUGCCAAAAGAGAACUAAUUUUCCAUCAAAUCCCUAGUUUUAUAAUGUAGCUAUGUUUUAUGUAGUGUGAUGCAGCCAAUGUAAUGUAUUAUAAAUUUUUUCUAAUAACCCAUUAACAACUGAGAUUUAGAUUUUUAACAUUGUUUAAAUCCAUUUUAAGUUAUUACCAUCUGUAUGAAAGCACAUUGAGUUUGUGUUUAAUCGUAAGUUUAUUUGCAUUGUUAAGGAGAAUACCUGUUAAUUGAAUUUAAUAAUACAGAAAUAUAAUUAAACUAAUUUUCCUUUUUUUAAAAAAAAUUGCUUGAAAUUGGUUUUUAUAUACAAAAAUAAUAUACAAAACAAAAUCAUAUCGAUACAGAGGUAAACAAUUAUUUUGUCAAGGAAAAUCUAACUGCAGUUAAUGGGUUAAUAUUUUGCUUGGCUUGUAAAUACUAAUUUAAUAAUUGACACAGUAUUUUAUUAGUCUUCCUUUAAAAUGUUUUUUUUUUAAAUAUCUUUUAUGAAUAACGUUUUAACUGUUUUUUUUUUUUUUUUUAAAAACUAUGCUAUAACUUAUUUUCUCUCCUUUUUUAUGUGAUAAACCUCUAGUGUGUUCCUAAACUAAAAAGUGUUUUUUUAUUAAUAAAUUUUUACAGUUUUGUUAAAGAUUAAACUUUUUUGAGGUUAAUAUUUUUUAAAAAAAUGAACGUUUCCAUUUUUUAAAGCAUUUGGAUUGCACUUAAAAAAUUACAGUUUUUCUGUGUGUACGAAUAUUGAGCUUUCUUAAAAUUAGCUGUAGUUUAGAUUAAUGUUCCAAUAUCCUAUUUGUAAAUAGUCUAACAUUAUAAGCAGUCUUACAUUCAGAAUUAUGAUGAAUAUUCUGGGAUCUCAGUUUCAUUUCUUAAUUUUUUUUCUUUUCUUAUUUAACUACAUUUGUGAAAAACCUAUUUAUAUUAAUAUAAUGCUACUUAAUGUUAUUCUUAUUUAUUGCUUUGAACUUGAAUGGUGACAAAAUUCUAUGCAUACAUUUCAGAAUUACAUAAAAUUUUAUUUAAAACAAUUUCUAUAUGUUUAGUUAUGUAUGAAUAAUAAAUUGAUUUAAUUAAUGUUAAGGUUCAUAAUUUAACAAAGUUGCCCAGAAAGGUUAAAACGAAUGAAGAACAAGAAGUUAGAAAGUUUUUUGCUAAAAAUGUUGAAGGUUUUCUUAAUUUUGAAGUAUAUUGUAAGCACAUACUAAAAUUUAUAGAUUGAAUAAGUGUUUUUAAAGAACAAAGUUAUAAAACUGAAAUAACGUUCUUUAGAAAGCGAUUUAAGUACAGACAUGAAAAACUUCAGGUCAACGAAUUUCAUGUCUGCUUAUUUUUAAGAAAUGAUAGAAUUUAAGUUUCUGAUUUCAAAGCUUAAAAUUUAUCUUAAUGUUAUUAUGAAGAGUUAUUUUUGUGACAAAUGAUCUUUUUCUGAUGUACAAUUACAUGAAUGGAAGAAAUUUUUCAAAUCAUUUAAAUUAAAUAGUCGCAAUUAGCCAAUAAAUAACAGAAAGACUCUGGUAUCAAGCUGAAAUUAAAAGCAAAUUAACCCAUUAAACACUGAUAAACUACACUGAAUAGAUUAAAUUUAUUCAUGUCUAUUUAUACAUAAAAAAAAAUAUUUAAAAGAAUCUUUAUUUGGUUUGAAGACAUGAUAUAGCUUUAAAAUGGGAGACUUGCUGUUUUACAGCGUUAAAAUGUCAAGUGUCUCAUUUCGGGAUUCUUUCCAAUUAACUGCUGUAAAACUCAUAAAAAUAUUUCUUGACGUCUGUUUAUUAUUAUGUAAAAACAGAAGUAGUAUUUUUAACAUUUAGCGACUCUAAAAUUUCUCAAAAAAGAUUAAUAACUAUUUCUUCAUUUUUUACUUUGAAAAUGAAGAAGAUUGUCUUGCUUAAAUUUGAACAAAAUGUAGAAUCUAUAAAAAAAGAAUUAAAGUAUGCAAACAAUGAUUUUAACUUGAUUAAAGAUUUCCGAAAUGGAAGAACAUGGUGCUUAUUGGGUUAAACAAAAGUUUAUAAAUAUAUUCUUAUUGUAUUUUAUCAGAUUAUUAUAAUCUUUUAGGUAAUUAAAAUACAGUCUGGUGUUUAAAUCAAUUAAUAUGUUUAGAAAAAGGGAAAAUUUUUCAUAUAAAUUAGUUUGAUUUUUUAUGUAAAAUCUGCUAAUUUCUGAUGCAUAAAUGUAUUAAAAUGUAAAUAUAUACUGUUUGUUUAUUAUAAGCAUUAUUUAUUUUAGAUUAAUGAAAUGUUUAAUAUUUGUUAAAUCUAGCUUAUAAAUUUCAGGUGCCUUUCUAUUAAAGUAUUCAAUAUAAAAAACUGUAAAUAAUGCUUUAUUUUUAAAAAAGAAAUAUCAAUCUCAUAGGAAAGAAUUGGUUUUUAGAACUUGUGUUUGUUCUUUUUCGUAACCCACAUGUUUAUCAUUUAUUUUUAAUUCGUCUUUCAUAAUUAUUUUGUUUUUUACUGCAUUGUUUUGUACCAUAUCUAAAUCAGUGUAAAUAUUUUACCCGUAAUAAAAGAGCCGGAAUCUAAA